AUGAAUAAAAUUUUAUAUUUAAUUCCUGCAUUAUUGUUAGUAGGAGCUGGAAUUUUAUUGAUUCAAGGCAAUUAGAAUAACUUAUCUGCUGAUAAUGAUUACGUUACAUAUGGUUAAUAUUUAGACUGCAUGACCGAAAAAGUUUUUCACAAAGAACCUUGCAUGGAAACUGAUAGCUUCGUACAAACUAAAGAAAAGGCUGUCUAAUAUUUAAAUACCGAUCCUAUUUGUCUUGCUUAUGCUAAAUUAUAAGAAAGAUAUUUUUACUUAAAUAUAGUAGAUACUGCUCCCUUAAACUAUGACUAAUUAUACUAGAACUGUCGCGCUAGUCCUGAAUUUUUAGCUAUCGUUCAAUAAGACUAUGACUGCCUUUACACUAAGUUCAUUGUUCCUGAACUCAAAUUGUGCAGUGGCUUAAAUCUUUGA